AUGGAAGGAAAACUUGUCAAUCUCUUGUCAAAAACUCGUUCAUUUAAAAACUGUAAACUCCUAUUUAGAGCGUCACAAGAUGGAUUUAAUGCGUCACAAUUUCACAGCAAAUGUGACAACAAGGGACCAACAGUCACGAUCAUCAAAACGUUUAAUAAUUGUAUAUUUGGUGGUUACACUCCUUUAAGCUGGAACACCAGUGAUUCCUUUCAAAGAGACAACAGUUCCUUUUUAUUCAGUUUUAUUGGAAAGAAUGAAGAAGAACGAAAUGUUAGAAUUGAAAACCAAGGUCAAAAAGAUAAUACCAAAUCAAUAUAUUGUGCCUUAAAUAAUGGUCCAACAUUUGGAGGUUAUGAUCUUUACGUCAGCAAUGACUUUAAAUCGAAUUCUAAUUAUUCUAAUCUUGGUCAUUCUUAUUCUGUGAGUGGAGUUUCAUAUGGAACAUCACAGGCAAAGGAAUACCUUGCGGGAAGUUAUAAGUUUUCAAUCACUGAGCUUGAGGUUUAUGAAUUGAAGUAG